AUGUCCGGCAUUGGCCGGUCGCGCGACCGCGAUCGCGAACCGAGCAAGCGCAACAGCAUCACCGAUCGACUGGUCAAUACCUUGAACCAGGUCCGCAACCGAGAUCCGUCCUCACCCCUGGGGCGCCGCGCCUCGUCUGCCUCGUCCACCAACGGGCCGAGUCCCAUCGCCAAGGUCCGCGAAUGGCUCGAUACCUGCAACCGCGAGCACGACCAUCAUUGCAGCGUCAGUAACCCAGCCGAUGACCCCGAUCCGACGGCGAGCACGACCUUUCGUCCGGAGUGGCUGAUUGAUUCCUCCGAACGCUGUCUUGUGCAAUCGAGACCAGGCGACCGCUAUGUGGCUCUGAGCUAUGUCUGGGGCAUGGGGCCCAAUCAACGGAAGAGCGAGCCAGAAGAGUCCGCCAAGCUGCUGAAGAGUAAUAUAGACGUGUACCGGGACGGCCUGCCAGAGAGGGAUGUCCCUAAUACCAUAUACGAUGCCAUCAGGCUGUCGCGGAAGUUGGGCCUCAAGUAUAUCUGGGUUGACCGGCUUUGCAUUGUGCAGGACGACGAGGUGCAGAAGGAGGCGCACGUCAGGCACAUGGCGGACAUCUUCGCGGGCGCCUACCUGACCAUUGUCGCGGCGCACGGCGAUGCGGAAACCGGGCUGGUGCAACUCGACCCGCGCCGACCACCGCCGGCAGCGCGCGGGGGUUUCCGUCCGCAGGGCCAAACCCACGAUGAGCUGGUCUUGAAGUCGAGGUGGCACACGAGAGGGUGGACUCUGCAGGAAUACAUGUACUCGCGGCGCUGCGUCUUCUUCUUCGAGGAUGCCAUCACCUGGGAAUGCCACUGCGACCUCUGGGAGAACACGCCGCCCAGUGUUCUGAAGGCGAUGCGGCGCAAACCCACCCCCGCCUGCACAAUAGGGCCGGCAGAGGCCAUCCUGGGCUAUCGUCACACGACCUGGCCAGAUCUAGACGAGUAUGCCCGUAUCGCGAUGGAGUAUAGCGCCAGAAAGGUGACCGUUCCCGAAGACGCGCUCAGGGCCUUUGCUGGAAUCACCCACAUGCUAUCCCGUGUGUUUCCAGGCGGGUUCAUCUACGGGAUGCCGCUGAUGUUUCUCGAUGUCGCGCUUUUGUGGCGGCCGCAAGCGUCCAUCAGACGACGGGCUGUGAUGAAGCCCCCUUUCCUCCCAUCCUGGUCGUGGAUGGGCUGGUGGUUUGAUGGAGUCCCCGCCGAUAUGGUCCUCUGGCGAGCUGCCGCGGACUAUGUGCACGAUACCUUGGCAUGGGGAAAGGGCGGCACCGCACCCAAAAGGUUACAGCCGACUUCUGGCUUCAAAUUCAAGUCUACCGUGACGUGGAGCCUCACCGAUAGACAGGCCAGCGUCCCUGUCGCGAACACGGGCUUGCAGUACCGCGACCUGAGGGCAAGGAAGACACCUGCCACGGUGCUGCCGGCCGGGUGGUCGAAAUCAGGCAGUCAUUAUUUCAAAUACGACGGCGACCCGGACACAACAUUCAAGUACCCCGUCCCGGUAGAGGACCUCCCCGAGGAAGGCACCUACGAGCCGCCGGUUGGUGAGCUCGCCUACCCCGGCCCGCUAUUGUCCUUCAGGUCCAAGUCAGCCUUCUUCGAGGUCGACUACUCCGAAUCCCUCGCUCCCCGGGAUGCCGACUGCCCCCCCGUGGCCGUCGGCAACAUCUGGACCAAGUCGAACCGCUGGGCGGGCACGUUCCGCGCCCACGACGGCUGGCUCGGGGUCCAGUCGUCCAACUACGACCGCGACGCGGACGAGAUGCUCGAGUUCGUCGCCAUCUCCACCGUGAUCGAGCGCAGGGGCUCGCAGCUGUUCAGCGAGGAGCAGUUCCAGGCGAACAAGGACGUGGAGGAGUACAUCUACAUUGUCAACGUGCUCUGGAUCGAGAGGAUCGGCGGCAUCGCGUACCGUCGCGGGCUGGGCCACAUCCUCGAGAAGGCGUGGGACGCCCAGCAUAAGGAGGACGGCGAGAUUCUUCUUGGAUAG